AAUGAGUGUUACGUGUGGGCUCCAACAUGGUUCCUCUAACCGAAACCCUAGAGUACAUACAGACCACCCCAACCUCGUCGCAUUUUCUCUCAGUGAAUUUUCCAAAUUCUCCCUUCCCCCCAUUGCUUUCUACUUUCAAGUGUCCACUUUAUCCAGCGACAAUAAUCAAGUCCGAAGUAUGGGAUAUGAUUUAUCGUUGAUGUGAUACACGUAAUGACUAACCUCAAAGAAUUACAUUGCCUCCAGGUAUUGAAAUAAAUUGUCAAAAUGUGGAGGUCUGUUCGCCUGGAGAAGCUUUCCCUCCCCUGGGGAUUCAUCAAAUCCCCUCGUCCCCUAUUCGCCGCCAAAUGCAGAACCAUUACAUCAACAAGUGAUCCUCCACUUCCUGAAGAUGCUCAAGUGGUGAUCUGUGGGGGUGGAAUCAUGGGGGCAGCUGUAGCUUAUCACCUGGCUGUGAUGGGAUGGGGUUCACGGACGAUCAUACUGGAGAGUGGACGAAUGGGUGCGGGUACCACUUGGCAUGCAUCUGGUCUCGUUGGGGCAUUCAAACCGAGUCUGGCACAAGUUAAAUUAACUCAGGACAGUAUUUCUCUUUAUAAGGAGCUCGAGGGCAAGGGUCUCCCCAUUGGCUGGAAGCAGUGUGGAAGCCUGUCCUUGGCUAGGACGAGGGACAGGAUGACGGCGUUCAGGAGGAUGAAGGCCCAGUCUGUCUCCAGAGACAUAGAAUGUCACCUAGUAACUCCCAAAGAGGCUCAGGAAUUGUGUCCCCUAAUUCAAGUGGAGGAUCUUGUCGGUGGAAUUUGGAUUCCCGCCGAUGGAGUCGCAGACCCCUACCAAACCUGCUUGACAUUGAUCAAGGAAGCGCAGAGACAAGGGGUCCAGGUAUUCGAAAAUUGUCGCAUCACCAGAGUUGACACCAAAGAUGGAAAAGCUCGGGGGGUGGAAACGGCCAGAGGAAGAGUAAAUUGCGAACAUUUCGUCAACUGUGCAGGAUUUUGGGCUAGGAACGUUGGAAAAUUGAGUGCACCUCAUGUCAAAGUACCCCUCCACCCAGUGGAACAUUAUUACCUCCACACCAAGCCUGUUCCUGGCCUGGAUCCAAUGACUCCUGUAAUUCGUGACGUGGACGGUUAUGUGUACUUCCGUGAGAACAGCGGGAGGAUUCUAGCUGGAGGUUUUGAGCCAAUGGCCAAACCCGCCUUCGAGGACGGAAAAAUACCCGAGAACAUUGCGGAGAGAGUCCUGCCGGAGGACUGGGACCACUUCCAUGUGCUGUUGGAGCAGAUUCUCCAUAGGGUACCAGCCCUAGGGGACGUCCAGCUAGAGAGGCUGUGCAAUUGCCCCGAGGCCUUUUCCCCUGAUUGCAAGUGGAUCGUUGGAGAGGCACCCGAAAUCCGGAAUUAUUACGUCGCCGCUGGAAUGAAGACGAUAGGAGUAUCAGCAGCAGGUGGUGUGGGCCGUGCAACAGCUGAGCUCAUAAUAAAUGGCUCAACGUCCCUGGACAUGUACGAGAUAGACGUGUCCCGCUUCCUGGGCCUUCACAACAAUCGAAAGUUCCUCAGGGAUCGAGUGAGAGAGGUUCCUAGCACUCACUACGCCCUGCAGUACCCACACAUGGAGUUCAAGACCGGGAGGAAUCUCAGGAUGUCACCGAUCUACUCGAAGCUCAAGGAGGCUGGAGGUGUCUUUGGUCAGGUGAUGGGAUACGAGAGGCCCUCCUGGUUCCAACGAGACGAGAACAACAUGGACCCAUUUGAUGGCCAACAGACCUACAAAAUAGCCCACACCAACACCUUCGGCAAGCCCCCCUGGUUCGACCCAGUGGGCAAGGAGUACGCAGCCUGCAGAGAAACCAUAGGCCUCAGCGACUACUCCUCCUUCACGAAGCUAGACCUGUGGUCCAACGGAGAGGAAGUGGUGAAUCUUCUUCAGUACCUCUGCUCUAACGACGUUGACGUACCAGUGGGGAGUAUCAUUCACACUGGUAUGCAAAAUCAUCGUGGAGGCUACGAGAACGACUGCAGUUUGGCCAGGAUAUCCCACAAUCACUACAUGAUGAUUGCUCCAACGAUCCAGCAGACUCGUUGCAAGCACUGGAUCAGUCGUCAUCUUCCAGCCGACGGGUCAGUGACCUUUUCAGACGUCACGUCAGCGUACACUGCCAUCUGCAUCAUGGGCCCGGCAACAAGGUCACUCCUCACUGAACUCACUGACGACGACCUCAGCCCCAAGAGCUUUCCCUUCUUCACGUUCAAGGAGCUUGACGUGGGGCUAGCGAACGGCGUCAGGACGAUGAACCUGACGCAUACUGGGGAGUUGGGAUACGUUCUUUAUAUUCCAAACGAGUUCGCUCUCCACAUUUACUCCAGACUGGUCGAAGCAGGUGCCAAAUACGGAAUAAAGCAUGCGGGUUAUUACGCAACACGAGGCCUGAGAGUUGAGAAAUUCUACGCCUUCUGGGGCCAGGAUCUGGACACCUUCACGACACCCCUGGAGUGUGGAAGAUCCUGGCGUGUUAAAUUCGAUAAAGACAUUGAUUUCAUCGGUCGUGAUGCACUGAUCAGGCAGCGAGAGGAGGGUGUCACUCGGAAGUAUGUGCAGCUACUCCUCAAUGACCACGACCCUGACUUUGACACCUGGUGCUGGGGGGGCGAGCCCAUCUACAGGAACGGCAAGUACUGCGGCAUGACCACUACCACCGGCUAUGGCUACACCUUCAGAACGCAAGUUUGUCUGGGAUUUGUUCAGAAUCUGGACGACAGAGGAAGAACCCAGGAGGUGACGAAUGAGUAUGUACUCUCUGGGGAUUAUGAGGUUGACGUGGCUGGGAUCAAGUACCAUGCUAAGUGCAAUCUUCACAGUCCAAAUUUACCGACCAAAUUCCCAGAUACCGAACGAGACUCUUAUCACGCAACGAGGGAUAACUUGAAUGCUUGAUUGAGAGAAAUAACAUUAUUAAAUAUUCAGAUAUAAUCUCUCCAGUUUGACACCUCUACUAUUAAUCAGGAAGUAAUCAAAUGUUUAUAACAAACGUCUUUGAAUUCAAGGGAAGUUUUACUGUUGUUUCUUCGUAUUUAAAAUCAUCAAAAUAGUCGUCUAGUCGUCUUCCCUAGACUUCAAAAAGUUUCAAAUAAACCAAAUGUCAAUAAUAAAAUAAAAAAAGACUCCUCCGGGAAAAACCUUGCGACGAAUCUGCGAUCAACGAAUCUUAGUAAAUUGUGCAGUUUAUUGCUAGGUAAAUACAAUAAUGGAAUAUUCUCCAGGAACUAAUGUAAGAGAGGAAAAAAUAAUAUUUUAUAACUAACAAUGUAAACUCUAUUGAACACCAUUGUCUUUGUCAUUUAUACAUCACUGUAACGAAUAAUCUUCGUGGAGAUGAGUAUUGUCAACUAUAAUUUUGUGAUAUUUUGUACUCAAAUAUAUUUGCGAUAGAAAAGC